AUGCACGAGACCGACGGCUUGAUCGGCACGGCGAAAGAGCUCGGGGUAGCACACGUAGCCUUCAGCCCUCUAGGUCACGGAUGGGUUGUGGACGAAUUCAACCACAAUUCGCCCGAUGACUAUGCAGAAGACGACUUCCGACGUGCAGCUCCCAAAUUUCAGGGCGAGUACUUUUACAAGAGCAGAGCCAUCAUCGAGGAAAUUAAGAAGCUCGCAGCACGAAAGGGCUGCCCUACAUCCCAGAUUGCGCUUGCCUGGGUUGGUUCUCAAGAAAUGGUUGCAAUACUUAACACAACGAAGUCGAGGUGGUUGGAGGAGAAUUGGGCUUCGAGGGAUAUGGACUUAAUGAGUGAAGAGAAAAAUCAGAUGAGAAAAGUCAUUGACACUGCGAAGCCGCUUGGGGACCAGCAUUCUUCCACACACCAGGCAAUGUAA